AUGGAACACCAGGAUAUACAGGUCAUCGGCGGUGUUGAACAUCUUCCCGAUGAGAUCCUCGUUAUGAUUUUCUCCCAACUUCGUCAAAGAUCAUAUCUCAAGGGCGUAUUGCUCGUCUGCAAGCAAUGGGCAAAGAACGCCGUCGGUCUUCUCUGGGGUUAUAUCCUUUUCAAGGACGGCCGCCUCGUCUGGAGGACGCUUGCUACGCCUGGGACCUGGUUUAACUACCGCAGCAUGGUCAAAGUCGUCUGUCUCGAUAGCAAUGUGGCUGAUAAUGAAGUCUUGCCCGACGCCCAGUUCAGGCUCAAGGCCCUCAAACUCCUCAAUUGCCGCCUUACCGAAACGGGGUUGGCCCCCCUCGUACAAGACAUAACUUCCCUGCGUGUACUCAAAAUUGUUGACGAGCAUGACAAUGCUGGGAUUCACAUUCGCACCAUCGCUGACCGCUGCACUGCCCUUCGCCGUCUCAAAAUACGCUCUUGCAAGACGAGUCUUCAGAGCCUGUCCACACUCACGAAGAGCUGCAAGGAUUUAAAACAAGUUGGUUUUUUUGAUUGUUCUCAGCUCUGUGACGAGCAUGUUCUUGCCCUCGCCGAGAACUGCCGGAAUAUCAUGUCAUUUAGGCUGCAUGAUUGCGGACAAAUCACGAGUGCUUCUGUCGCGGUGUUAAUAUCUAACUGCAACAACCUGCGCGAGCUACAAGUCGAGCGUUGCGACCUCGUCGACCAUGUCGCCUUCCUCGGUCUACCCGAUAAGGCACUCAAAUACCUCUGGUCCCUGAGCCUGCAAUGCCGCAGUCUGACGAACGCUGCUAUCUCUCCUAUAAUCAGAGCAGCCCCCAGGAUACAAUAUCUUUACUUGAAUCAAUGCAGUAUCACCGACGCCGCUCUCCCCGCUAUUUCCAGGCUUCAGAGCCUAAAUGUCCUACACGUUCUCGGUAAUGCCGGGAUCACCACGACGGGAUUACAAGUGCUUAAAGCCCGCUGCACUAAUAUUCGUGAAAUUGAUUCUGAUAAUUUCUCAUAUGAAAGCAAAGGCCUGUGCUUGGGGCUAUUCGAAUUAGGUGUAGCUAAACGAGACGCCAUGCUUAGCCUGCCUCAUGCUGAAGUCUUGAUACAGGCUGGCCCAGAAGACUGGAUUUCUACCACGAUUAUCAAUAUGGCCAAACAAGCGGUUUUUCUGCUUCUAUACUCAAAAUGUCCAAACGCGUCGGUUGGUGCAGAGACGAAUGAUGCUGAAAAGUACAGUGAAUACGCGUCUACGUACUAUCAGACCGCCAUUACGCAGUAUUUCUCGGGGCAGUGCUUGCCGAUCAACUACUUUCACAUUCUCACCACAUACUUCUGUGCGUAUCAGGCAAUGAGGGGAAACAAAGAGACGGCUGAAAUGCAUUUGGAAAAUUUUCCAUUCGAUUUGAGACGAAAAUAUCGCCGUUUUCUUUGCUACUACAUAAGUCUGUUGCCACCAGAAUGGAACUACUUCAGACUCGAGGACGGUUCGCCGCCAGUGAACGACCAUUAA